UUUGAGUGGUCAUCAGUGUGAAAGCGAACAAAAGCUUCUCGAUCUUUGUCUGACUCAUAGCCUUCCCACUAACAGGGACACCCGUCCAGGUGUACGUGUCUUUCCAGGUCAUGGACAUCGAUGACAUUAGUGAAGAAAACAUGGCGUUCCGCAUCCACAUGUUCGUGGUGGACCUGUGGCGGGACGACCGGCUUAACCUCACCAACCUCCCCGCCAAGUCGUCGGUGACGUCACGGGGCAACCGGGUGCGCGUGUUGCCAGACGAAGCGCUGGACGCCAUCUGGAAACCCGACCUCAUAUUUGUCAACUCCAAGAACGGCUACCUUUUUCAACAUUCCGUGCCCAACACUUUCAUCAAGGUUCUCGACACUGGACAUUUGUACAGAUCAUCUAGGUACCUCUUUCAAGUAGACUGUCUCAUGGAAUUACAGAAGUACCCAAUGGACACACAGAAAUGCUAUCUAAAAGUCGGUCUCAUGUCCACGCCUGAAGACUUAGCCACACUCCACUGGAUGGACAGUCCCUCUAGUCCGCACCGGAAUUUCUCCGCUUCCAUCCGCUUACUAGAAGACAUCAAGCCGCUGCAGUUCGACCUCAAGCCUCCUGUCACUCACUCAUCUGUGGAACCGUGGAUGUUUGAAAACUACACGUAUCUGUACGCCAAUUUCACGUUCGUGCGGCGCCUGACGGCAUCCAUCGUCAAUACCUACAUCCCAAGCGGUCUGGUGGUCAGCUUGUCUUGGCUCACCUUCUGGCUCGAUGUGUCUGCGGUUCCUGCUCGGAUCACACUAGGUGUUACCUCUAUCCUCACCCUGGCCACUCAAGUAGUGCAAUCGAGGUCAUCUUUACCACCCGUGGAUUACCUCAAGGCUGUGGACGUUUGGCUGUUUGUCUGUCUAGUCAUGGUGUUCGCAUCACUACUGGAGUACGCCAUUGCUUACAACGUGGAGAAGAUUCUGGCGAUGCAACGGAAGCGGCACUCGUCUCCUCCGCCUCCACCGAGCCGCCUUCCAGGCUCCGCACGAGUGACGCCGUACGCCUGGAACAGAGACGGCGUUUCUUCUCCUCCUAAGGCUACAGCUUCGGCACCUGUUGUUGCCAACAACAACCACAUGGCAACGCCUUCCGUCGUUUCAUUGGCCGUUCCCGGCUACAUCGCCGGUGUGGAGAAUAACAAUAUCGCACCCGCUGCGUCCAGGAGGUCCACGAUCCACCGCAUCUUUCAGCGUCGCUUCACCCUUGGUCAAUUGUGGCAGAAGACCAAUGUCCUGGACAAAGUGUCCAGGAUCGCCUUUCCCGGUGUUUUCUUUCUCUUUAUGAUCAUCUACUGGCCGCACUACCUAAGCUGAAGAAAUCAACCGACUCCAAGUAUUUCUCAUCGUCAUCAUCUAUUAUUCUUGUUGUUGUUGUUGUUGUCAUAAGUGCAAAUUGUUCUCAAGUCUGUGAAGAUUACUCUAAGUGUACUUACUGUUGCUCUUGACCACGACCUAAUAGAUUAUAGCGUCCAUGUCAUUUGCACCGA